CGCCCCAGACAGGUGAUGGGCGUUUCGGCUGCGCUCCGGAUCGACUCCUUGGGUUUCACUUUGGUCUGAUCUAAGCAAAUAUGCAGAAGUACCGGCUGGUCUAGUCCUAAGAGCCAAGAGGAGCGAGCGAGAGCGGCAGAAGGGAGAGCAGCCACGCUCCCGUAGCGAGGGGAACGUACAAACAGCGGCCGCGCCGUCAUUAAGCCACCGCCGCCCCGGGCAGCCCCGACCCACCCUGGAUGCGGAGGACCCCCGAGCCACCCCGCUGCCUUUCCCCUGAGGGAUGGUACUGAAUUCCUGCGCGGCAGGAGCCGGCCUGCAGCCCCUCUCCAUCAGCGUUGCCUUCCCUCCGUGUCUAAAGUGCACUAGACCGCGAUGAGGACCUGGGCUUGCGUUUUGCUGAUAGGUUUUGGGUACCUGUCCUUUACCUUCUCCGAGGAGGCCGAGAUCCCGCAGGAGCUCAUCGAGCGGCUGGCGCACAGCGAGAUCCACAGCAUCCGCGACUUGCAGCGCCUCCUGGAGAUUGACUCCGUAGGAUAUGAUGAUGUUUCAGAAACAAACUUGAGAUCUUACAGUGUUCAUUCUGCUAAACAUGUGCAAGAGAACCGUCCUGUGCCCAUUCGCAGAAAAAGAAGCAUUGAGGAGGCCAUCCCGGCGGUGUGCAAGACGCGGACGGUGAUCUACGAGAUACCUCGGAGCCAGAUCGACCCCACCUCGGCCAACUUCCUGAUAUGGCCGCCCUGCGUGGAGGUGAAGCGCUGCACCGGCUGCUGCAACACCAGCAGCGUCAAGUGCCAGCCCUCCCGGAUACACCACAGGAGUGUCAAGGUGGCAAAAGUGGAGUAUGUUAGAAAAAAGCCAAAAUUAAAAGAAGUUCUGGUGAGAUUAGAAGAGCAUAUGGAAUGCACCUGUACAUCAUCAAAUACUAAUUCAGAUUAUAGAGAAGAAGAAACUGGAAGGCCUAGGGAAUCAGGUAAAAAACGGAAACGAAAAAAGUUAAAACCAACAUAAAACCUACUGGAACUAUUUGAUAUUCAGAUGUAAGGUGAAAAUAAGCUAGAAAAAAAACUUCUCUCUGGGACAUGGAUGUACAUGGUUUGUUACAUUCCUGAACCUACUAUGUAUGGUGCUUAUUGACUGUAUACUUUAUUUGUUCUCCUGUGUGAAAAAACUGGCUCAAAAGAACACUUAAUGAGAACAAAGAGACAAUGUACAUUUGUUUAAUGUGACAUCAAAGCAAGUAUUGUAGCACUCUGUGAAACAAUAGGAAGCUUCCCUGUCCAAAAAAGAAAAAAAACGAAAGAAAGAAAAACAGAAAAGAAAAAAAGACAGUUGAAUGAAUGGAGGAUACCAAAAGAACUAAAAAACAUGACAAAAAUCUAAGUGAAUAGUGGAUUUCUGUCAGAGCAGUCAACGGUGCUUUACGUCAAGACAUGUGCCUGCGUUCUUGAUGAAGAUGGAUGGACACUGGUGGACUUCAGGCACAAAAAAAGCAGGAAUGUAUGAAAUGAUCAAAUGCCACGCAAACACUAUAGAACAAUACAUCCUUGCUUGGUGGUGUUUUAAAAGUCUAUACAAAAAACCUUCUGGGGAGCCUUAAGUGGAUUUUUUUUUUACACCAUAAAGUGAUUAUUAAGUUUUCUUUUUACUCUUUGCCUAGCUUUUUAUUAUCUCUUGGACUACAUUUGCCAAUAACACAUAUAAAAGACUGGUAUAACAAUAAGCAGAACACAAAACAUUAUGGUAUUUCUCCUAGUGGGAUGCAAACUAAUGAGAUGUAUUAAAAUAAAAAUGGUAUACCUAUGCAUAAUUUUCUAGACGUUUCUUGGUUUAUGUUCCCCAACCUCCCCCGUAAUUUAAAGCAUUACAUAAAAGAAAAAAAAAUAAAAAGAGAAAAAAAAGAGAGAUGUGCGUAAACAAAUCAUAGGAUAUCCAUGCAAAAAUCCUUUUUUUUUUUUUCUUUAAGACUUAUGCCAGUUGCCUACUAGUGAUAUUGUGUUAGCAAUUGUCAUUCUUAUCAGUAUACAGAUACUUUUAUUUCACAUGUUGGAGCUGUGUGAAAUGUACAAAUUCUUGUAUCUGCAUUGUAUAAUGUCAUGGUGGCAUGGGAACUACCUUGCUGCAAAUAUUUGAACAAAACCUAAAAUUCUUUAUUUUUGGUAAAAUGUUAUGCUUUAUGUGUAUUCAACAGAAAUAUGUGUUUUUGUAAAGGUGAAGUUUGUAUUUUUAUCUAAAAAUUAACAGUUUUAUAUACCUGAGAAAGCCUGCUAUGUUUUCUUGAACCAAAAAAAAAAAAAAAAAAAAAGAAGAAAAAAAGAAAAAAAAAGCAUUUUGUGGUCAUAUUUUUGUAGUAGAAUAGCCCAAAUAACAUCAAAAUCUAUUUUAAAUAUAGCAGGGCAGAUAAAAUACUCUGGCAUCAGCUCCUGUAUUUUCAAAGUUCCAAAGGAUUAUAUGUUCAGUUCCCCACAGAUUGCAGAGGGAGCCACAUGGAUAAAUCCUUCUGUACUGCUUUGGAAAUUUAGGGCUGUGCCAGAUAUGACAUGGCUACUCACUUGGCCAAAAUCACUGCCCCACCCCAGUAGUUUGGAUUAUGUACCCUUUGUUUUAUUUGGAUUAUUACAUUGGAUAUGUAAAAUGAACUACUGGAUUCUUUUAUUUGUGAAACAUCUACAAAGAGAUGAAAGAGUUUUCUUAGUUAGGAACAACAAAAAAGUUUGUCUUGAAGACAGUGUUUCCACUCAAAUAAAAAUAUCUUCAAAUGUGAAUGAACUGCAGAACCUUCAAACAACAAAAAGACAGCAAGAUUUUUAACCUUUCCAUUUCUCUAAAUAUAGUUCAAACAUUCCCCUCCUGUUCCUGUAGCUAUGUCCAAAUUCAACCAAACAAAGCAAUGUUAGCUAACAGGCAUUAUUGGCUUCAGUUGCUAAUGCAGAGAUAGAGUUAGUCACCGUUCUAUUUUGUGAUCAUUUUCCCAGUGUAUUUGUUGAGCACCAAAACUGGAAGUACAUUUAACUAAGAUUGUCUGUGCUUGUUUUCCACUAAGUGUACUGUUCACAAUGUUAUGCACAUGAAUGUAUGUGUCUGCGUUUAAAAAGGUGUAUAAAAUGUAAUUUAUAUAUUUAUGUUUCAGUGGGAUGCCAAUAAUGUUGCUCCGUUCCUUUUUUUUUUUUUUUUUUGUCAAAAAGAUAUCUAAUGAAAGAAAAAAACCAAACAUAUAUCCAUUAAAAUCGUGUAGAUGAAAAGCAUUAUGUGACCCACUCAGACACUGUGCAGGUAUGAAAGGAUGUCAAAGUCACUUAAGUGGAAUAGUUUGCAAAACAACUCUUGGAAAGAGUCCUGUGGUUGGACUUGCAUGAGAAGGUUGUGUUUGGGUUUGUGGGCCAGCUCUUUGGGAGUGACUCCCCUGGGUAUGCUGGAGCUCUGAUUUACAUCACGAGAGAGUCUGGCCUUGUAGCAAAGUGUAGAAAACAAAGCAAACCGAGAGGUUUUGUUGGUGCCAGCAAAUAAACGUGUUAUGCCAAAUUCAGCACACCAGGAGAGAGUGAAGACUGAAUGGGGACUUUUCCAAUAGCCGUUUGUUUGAGACUUGCAGUCUUGAGUUAAUUUUGUUACGAGGAAUGAAACGCACAUGAGUCUUUGUUGUCAAGCACAGUGUUCAUACAGCAUGCGGCAGAAAACACAAAAAUCUCAGGGCUAUGUUCUCAGCUACUAUAAAUUGGCAAAUGUUUCUGACUUCAGAUGGCCCCAAGCUAAUUUACAUCAGAUGAGGAUGCAGUCCAUGGCUGUUAACUUGUGAGGAGUAGUGUCACGACAUGAGCAUCACUUCCUGUAGUCCAGCUGAGCUCUCACCUGCCAGCCUUGGGACCGUGGCGGGUUGUGGGAUUAGUUCUCCUUCAAAGUGGCAGAUACAACCAGAAGGAAUAGCGACACUAAAGGUUGUGACAUGGGAGUUGUUAAUUCAAAGUUAAGUUGGACAUUUCAAGGGCCAUAUCCUCAGCUGGUGUAAAUCACCAUUGCUCUGUUGCCUGCAAUGGAGCUGUACCAGCUUACACCACUUGAGGGGCUGGUCCCUCAUUCUUGCUCAUCCCUCCCACUCCUCGGUCCCACAGGGAUCUCAGAUUGUCGUGUAUGGUUAAUGUAAUCCUGUGUUCUCUAAUACUUAAGCACAAUAAGUGAAUAUGAGAAUGAGUGUCAGACUUAACUUUGAAUGUCCAAGCUCUGAAAUGGUUUGUUUCACCAUUGUGGCUGUAAAUUAAACAGUUCUCUGUGCA